AAAAUAAUAUACCGAUAUGUUGAAAACAGAGUAAAAUAUUGCCAAAUAAAUCGUUAAAAACCAAGUGAAAAUGCUAAGAAAGACGUACAUUCCGCUUACGCGAUCGCUUGUGCGUUCAUACCGGGCUCAGUACGGUUUUAGUACGGUCGCGUCGCAGGAAUCUAACAGUUCUGAUGCGGUGCCGGACAGCGUUAACGAUUUGUCCAAACCGGUUCAUGUGCGGCUACCGAAACGGAGUCCGUUCAUGAAGUCGAUGUUUUUGGGAACCGUCGACACAGAGCUGCUCACGUUUCCCGAAUCUCUAAACCGGGAGGAACAAAGCAGGCUGACAAAACACGCUGAGCAAGUCAGGGAAAGUCUCAAGCCUGCUGGCGCGGACGCUUCGUUCAAUAAUUUGGAUGCACUGUGUUUGCAAGGUCCACUGGAGUACGGCGGGAAGCAAUUUAUAGAAACCGAACUGGCAUACGUUAGCGAGCUGAUGUCGGAAGAUCGUGCCGCAGCGCUGGUAACGCUAGAACACAAUACGAUCGUUAAAAUUCUAGCACAACACGGUACGGAUGUGCUGAAGGAAAAAUAUUUGCAAAAAAUGUGUGCAGGGGAAGCCGUUGCCACCAGCGCACUGUACGAAGUGAGCAGCUCGAGACAAACGAUGUUCAGUACGGUAGCGAACCUGGAUUUUGCGAACCGAAAAUGGACGCUGAACGGAUCGAAGGUGCUGCUGCGAAACGAUGCCGCCGAGCCUAACCUGCUGCUGGUAGUAGCGUCAACGAAAAACAUGGCCCAGCUCAACAAGGAAGACGGAACGGUCGCCGUAUUCCUAGUCGACGUACAGACGAAGGGCGUCAAUAUCAGCCAAACUAAAAUAGGUUCCAAGGGGCUUUCGAGGGUUACAGUGGAUUUCAAUCACGUUGAACUUCCCGAGGCAAAUCUGGUCGGCACCGAACAUGGUGGUGCCGAAAUAAUGACCAAAUUCCUUUCGGCCGCUCGGGUACAGUCGAGUGUCGUGCGUGUAUCGCUGCUGAAAAAGAUUCUCAACUCGCUAACGGACUUCUGCAUCAACACGAAAACAUCGACCGGCGAAAUGAUGGAUAUUGAAAUAGUACGGGAACAGCUUGCACGCAUGGCCAGCGUGAUAUACGCCGCCGAGAGCAUGAUUUACAUGACUACAAGCCUGAUGGAUGACUUCGACAGCCAGGACGUUGAAAUGGAGGCGGCAAUAACGAAGGUGUUUUCCGCCGACAAUUUGCUCAAGUUCGCCACGCUGCCAUUACAGUUGCUAGGUCCACAGGCACUUACAGCUGGGAACCCUUUCGAGGGUUUGUUUGACGAUGCACUGAAGCUAUUCACCGGCGACGAGUCGCUCGAUUCCGUUAACUUUUUCAUCGCCCUCACCGGUCUGCAAUACGCGGGCAUGCACUCUUACGAAACGAUAAAGAAGGAUCGCAAUCCUGCCAUGUAUCCGUCGCACGUGCUGUUGAAGUUGUUCGAGAAGACAUCGAUCGAGCAUCCGAAAAAGUUCGCCAACCUGCAACAAUUCUUUCACCCGUCGCUCGAUCCGGCGGCGCUGUGGAUUGAGUUCUCCAUCGUUCGGAUGAAGCUGGCGACUGAGUGCGUGCUGUCGCGGCAUGGCAUCGAGGUGAUCGAUCGGCACGUUGAGCUGGGCCGGCUGGCGAACAUUGCCACUCAGAUCUACGCGAUGGUGGCCACCGCUUCGCGCGCGUCCCGCUCGUACUGCAUCGGCCUGCGCCAUGCGGACCACGAGGUGCAUCUGGCCAACAUGCUGUGUCGCGAGACGAGCGAAAAGAUUCGCCUGCUAGCGAUCGAGCUGGAGAAGGGACCGUACAUUACGAGCGACGACGAUUACAACGUGGUCGCCCGGAAUCUGUUCCGUGAGAAGCGAUACUUUUUCGAGCAUCCUAUCACGAAAAAUUUCUAACUCGGGGAGGCGGGAAGGAACGGCAGCGUGAAAAGUGUAGAACAUCUAUCUUGGGUGAUCGAAAUAAACUAACCCUUACGUACCUACUGUGGCACUAGAUGAA